AUGGCUGGAGAUCUUGUCCUCAUGACUGGAGCCACGGGCUUCUUGGGCUACCUUACCAUCAUCGAUUUGCUCAAGCACGGAUAUCGCAUUCGUGCUGCGGUCCGUUCUAUGACUAAAGCGGAAGGACUUCUCUCUGCACCAACCCUAGAGUCCCUCUCUCCAACUUCAGAACAGCUGUCAUUUGUAUCCGUGCCAGACAUGAGUGCUCCUGGCGCUUUUGACGACGCUAUUCAGGGGGUCAAAUACGUCAUUCACCUCGCUGCGCCGAUUCCCAGCUGGGGAGAAGGUGAACAAAACUCCUCUGUACUGGAAAAGCAAUUCAUUUCAGCAUGCGAAAGAGGUGCCAUUGAGAUCCUCGAGGCGGCGGCAACAAAAUCUCAUGGAACUGUGAAGCGAGUCGUAAUGACUAGCACCACUGGCGCCAUCUUACCGAUUCCAGUUGUCUCAGGCCUGGAACGCGACUUAGAACGAGUUUGGACUCCCAACGACCGAAACGCACCUCCGCCACCACCCUAUAGCUCAGAGGUUGAGGCUUAUCUUGCUGCGAAGAAGACCGCACUCCUUGCUUCAGAAGCUUUUGUCCGAGAUCAGAAACCGCUUUUUGACCUUAUUACUGUCGUCCCACCAUGGAUAUGGGCUCGUGACGAGCUGUCAAAGGACAAGGAAGCCAUUCUCCGCACUGGAAGUAAUGGGGUUCUUCUGAGCCUAGUGACAGGGAAACGAUUCGAAUUCGAGAUGGUUGGAAAUGCUGCGUAUGGAGAAGACGUUGCCCGUGCCCACGUCGUCGCAUUGGACCCUCAUGUCCCUGUUUGGAACGAUGCGAUUACCAUCGCAAAGAAGCUUUAUCCAGAGGCCUUCGAAGAUGGAAGACUAAAAGCGGGAAAUUGUCCAAGUGUUGUUAUCAAAUGGGAUAUAAGCGAAACAGAAAAUGAGCUUAGGAUUAAUCCCCAGCCGCUUGAAACGAUGAUACAGAGUGUUGUUGGCCAGUACCUAGAGCUACUGGAGAAAGAGGCGGCCUGA